AAAACUUCUGUCCCUCCUGACACCCUGAAACGAGAGAAGAGUGGGAAAAGCACAGCCCGAGCGACACCCCGGGGCGAGUGGCCCGGCAGCUCAUCCUAAGGAGGAGCUUUACCCUGCCUCCUCUGUAAGCAGCAUCUCCUGUGGAAGAGACCCAUCAUGCAGCCUCCACCUCAGACGGUCCCAUCUGGCAUGGCUGGACCCCCUCCGGCUGGGACUCCUCGGAGCAUGUUCUGGGGUAGCAGCAGCUACAGGAGGCUGGCCAGUAGCAGUGCCCUGACGGCUCCACCUUGUCCACAACAACCAGUCACGGAUCCAUUUGCUUUUAGUAGACAGAUGCUCCAGAAUAGUGCUCUGGGUAGUCCAUCCAGGAGCAGCCUGCCAGCCGGGCAUGACUCAGCCCUGCCAGUGUUUUCUCAGUGGUCUGGCUUGCCCAUGCCUCACGCCAGUGCUGAGGAUGGUACCCGAGGACCCCAGGAGUCUCCACCAGGACCUCUGUCACAGCCUGGAGCAGAUCCUUUUCCUGCUGCAUCUGUCCCUGCAUCGCUCCCAGGGCACGAGAUGUGCCGAACUGCUGAAAUCAGUUCCACCUCUGGGUCUGAAGUUCUGACUCCGCUGCAUCCACCCCACCACAUUCCAGGAGGAGGUCCUGACCUGUCUCACGGGGGCCACCAGCAUGGGGGUGGGACUGGGCCUGAGCAGGCCCUGAGCGGGCACACGCUGAGUGACGGUGGGGUGGCCCCAGCCAUAGCAGCAGCAGCAUCCCCAUACUUGCCCCAGCCUCGGCCCCAGAUGCCAGCACAGUGGGGGCCAGUGCAGGGCAGCCCCCAGCCCUCCCAGCAGCAUCCCUUGCCUUGCCCAGAAGGACCUGUCCAGAGUGUUGGGCCCCAGGCCACCAGCACUCCCCACUUCCCUGCUCCAUCAAGCCUGCACCACAGUCCUGCCUGUGAGCCCCAUACCCAGCUAGGGUCUCUAGCGCCUUUAGCCAGUGGCCGAGGAAGCGAGGUAACCCCCUUGCAAAGUGGAAACCACUCAGCAGAUAACUUCCACUCAGAAAAUUCAUUUGGGCACAAUUCCAGGAUUGGGAAUAUGUGGGAAAAUCAGGAGCUCAGGCAGAAUCCAGGAGUGAAUAAAGCGCAUCUGCGGGACCCUGCCCCUGGGAAUCCCCUCACUCUGGGAAACAGCCCUGAAAACCACACCCAUUAUCCUCCAGGGGCUGGGACUGGCCAGGCUCCACUGGAAACAGCCUCAGGAACACUCUCCAUGUUUUUCCAAGGGGAAGAGACCGAAAAUGAGGAGAAUCUCUCAUCUGAAAAGACAGGCUCUGUUGGACGAUUGGACUUUGAUGGUUUUUCCCCCAGCCCUGGACUGGGCCAUCUGCACCGCCCCGCACACGUCACUGGCAGUGUCCAACAGGCCUUUCUCCAGGGAUCCCAUGGCGAGACCACACAGCAGGAAGGAGACACACAGCCUUAUUUCUCUCAGUCUGUAAGCAUCCAAAAUGACAGACAAGCCACUGACAGUGCUGCUAGUGACACUUGGGGUGACACAGCAAGCGCAGGGGCUUAUGGCACUGGCAGUUCACAGUACGAGAAUGUCGAAAAUUUAGAAUUCAUUCAGAAUCAGGAAGUUCUGCCAAGUGAGCCCCUAAGUUUGGACGCCUCCUCCCCAAGUGACCAGUUCCGAUACGGGCCCCUUCCCAUGCCACCUGUCACCAGGCACGGUACUGUGGGCCUCACCCGAGGUGGGGUGCUGCAUCUUGAGGCCCCAGACACACCUGUGCACCCAGUGCGAUCUGACAGCUUGUCAUCCAGCUACAGCAGCCAGAGCCACCGGAGUCUCCCUGGAUCGGCCAGGUCACAGGAGCUGGUGGGCACGUUCAUCCAGCAGGAAGUGGGAAAGCCUGAAGAUGAAUCGACAGGCAGUUUUUUUAAGCAAAUUGAUUGUUCUCCUGUGGGAGGUGAGAUAGAGGAGGUCGGUGGGAGCCAGAAUUACUAUAGCACCUUGUCCCAGCCCUCAACCCCAAGUCCCCCAAAACCUACAGGGAUAUUCCAGACAAGUGCAAAUAGUUCUUUUGAGCCAGUAAAGUCACAUUCAGUCGGGGUGAAGCCAGUUGAGGCGGAUCGUGCCAAUGUGGUGGGUGAAGUGAGGGGCACCCAUGAGUGUGUGAAGAAGCCCAGGUCUGUGGCUACACCGCCCAACACCUCCCUGGGCAACCUGGAGCAGCCUCCAGACAACAUGGAGACUCUGUUUGCACCCCAGGCCUGCCCCCAGCCUCUGCCUCCGACUGGGGAAGCUGGACACAUGGCGCCUCCCUUGGAUACUGUGCGCCCGACUCCAGAGAAGAGGCCCUCAGCCAGGGCCCAGGGGACCGUGAAGUGUGAGAGCCCCGCAACGACUCUUUGGGCACAGAAUGAGCUGGCAGACUUUGGCGGCAAUGUGCUCCUAGCCCCUGCUGCUCCUGCACUUUACGUACCUGCAAAGCCUCAGCCCCCAGCAGUUGUUCAGCCUCCGGAAGAGGGGCUGCCUGGGCAGCCGUCUCGGAAGCCAGGUCCUGUCCACCCCUUGCAGAGCCGAGCCCACCCGGGUGCUUCUGAGAACCUGGAGAACCCUCCCAAGGUGGGUGGCGAUGAGGCCCUUCAGUCCCAGGCAAGUUCCGGUUAUGCAAGUUUGCUGUCCUCGCCACCCACUGAGGCUUUGCAGAAUCAGCCGGUCUUGAUUGCCCAGCCUGAUCAAAGCUAUAAUUUGGCUCAACCCCUAAAUGUUUCUGUGUCCUUGCUGAAUCCUACUGAGAAAAAUCAGUCCUGGGGAGAUGAUUUGGUGGGGGACAAAUCCACAGUGAGCAGCUGGGCUCUUGGUGCUGAUUCUGGUGAACACACUGCUUCAUCUGGAGUUGUACCCAGUGCUGCGGUUGGCUUGUCUCUGCCUAACGGUCUCGGCCAGAGUAAUGUUCUACAGGGGCCCGGCUCUUCUGAAAUGAGUUCCAAUCAGCCUGCUAAUUUGCUUGUGCAGCCACUGUCCUUACCAGUUCCUCAGGGCUCACUUCUAGAAAGGCAGAAGACUCAUAAUUCAGAAAAGUUUCUUCCUGAGUUUGUUAAUAGCCCUGCCGGAGGCACCAGUGUGUUGUUAGUCCCCCCUGCAAGCAGUACCUUGGUGCCUAGCAGCACUAAGGCAAAUCACUCCAGUAACCGGGAAGAGGCUGCUGGAGCCUUAGACUUCACACUGAGCAGAACUUUGGAAAACCCUGCGAGACUGUACAGCCCAUCCCAUUUGGAGGGCCCAACCGCCCAGCAGGCUGCUGCUAAUCCUCCCCAACAGUCGGGGCCUGGGGUGCGUGACCCAGGCCAUUACCAGCAGGUGAGGGAAGAUGCGCAGGACCAGCAAGGCCUCAGGACCCAGGCAGAGGUGGCGCCCCUUCAGCCACAGGCUUCUCUCCCACAGGUGCCCCAAGCAGCUUCAAAUAUAGAAAGUCCCCCUACAGAAGGACAGUCCCAGAACUCAGCCCAGACACCAACUAGUUCGGCCAUGGCCAAUGCAGACCAGAAGCUGCCACCUCAGCCACCCCGGUCCUCCAGCGUGUCAGCUGUGUCCACCGACUCGAGCCAGGCAGCCAUGCGGCCUGAGCAGCCGUGGCUACAGCCACCACCUUCGAGUGCAUUCGGCCCACCGCCACAGGACCUGGCAUCCUACUACUAUUACAGACCCCUGUACGAUGCCUACCAAGCUCAGUACCCGGCACCAUACCCGUCGGACCCUGGGACGGCCUCCCUCUGUUACCAGGACAUCUAUGGCCUGUAUGAGCCCCGUUACAGGCCCUACGACAGUUCUGCAUCAGCGUACACCGAGAACUACCGCUAUCCCGAGCCAGAGCGGCCCAGCUCCCGGGCGAGUCAGUGCUCAGACCGACCCCCUGCCAGGCAAGGGUACCCUGAAGGGUACUAUAGUUCCAAGGGUGGAUGGAGCAGCCAGAGUGAUUACUAUGCCAACUUUUACUCCGGCCAGUACGACUACGGAGACCCGGGCCGCUGGGACCGCUACUAUGGCUCCCGAUUCCGGGAUCCCCGCACCUGGGACCGGAGGUACUGGUAUGACUCUGAGUACGAACCACAUAGGAAGGAAAGCUAUUCGUACGGCAGCAGACCUGAGAAGGGCGAUGACCACUGGAGGUACGACCCUCGCUUCACCGGGAGCUUCGAUGAUGAUGCAGAGCCCCACAGGGACCCAUACGGGGAGGAGGUGGACAGGCGCAGUGUGCACAGCGAGCACUCAGCACGCAGCCUGCCCAGCCGCCGCAGCAGCCUCAGCUCCCACUCACACCAGAGUCAGAUCUACAGAAGCCACAAUGUGACCGCUGGCCCCUUUGAGGCGCCCCCUGCCCCAGGCUCCUUCCAUGGGGACUUUGCCUACGGUACCUAUGGCAGCAACUUCGGUGGCGCUCAUGGCUUUGCAGAUUACGGCUAUCCUGUGGAUUCCUGGCCUGCUGCCGAGCAAGUCCCGUCGAGACCAACGUCUCCUGAGAAGUUCUCGGUGCCACAUCUCUGUGCCAGGUUUGGUCCUGGCGGUCAGCUCAUCAAGGUGAUCCCCAACCUGCCCUCCGAAGGCCAGCCUGCCCUGGUGGAGGUCCACAGCAUGGAGACCUUGCUACAGCACACAGCAGAGCAGGAGGAGCUGCGUGCAUUCCCAGGACCCCUUGGCAAAGAUGACACCCACAAAGUGGAUGUCAUUAACUUUGCACAGAACAAAGCGGCAAAAUGUUUACAGAAUGAGAAUCUACUUGACAAAGAAUCUGCGAGUCUCCUCUGGAACUUCAUUAUCCUCUUGUGUCGGCAGAAUGGGACUGUGGUGGGAACAGACAUUGCGGAGCUCUUGUUGCGAGACCACAGAACGGUGUGGCUUCCUGGGAAGUCUCCCAAUGAGGCGAACCUCAUCGACUUCACCAACGAGGCUGUGGAACAGGUAGAGGAGGAGGAGUCUGGGGAGGCCCAGCUGUCCUUCCUCAUGGACAGUCAGGUGACUGCCACCAGUGCCCUGGAGAAGGAGACCGAGAGGUUCCGGGAGCUGCUGCUCUACGGCCGCAAGAAGGAUGCUCUGGAGUCCGCCAUGAAGAAUGGCCUGUGGGGCCACGCCUUGCUCCUGGCCAGUAAGAUGGACAGCCGGACCCAUGCCCGCGUCAUGACCAGGUUUGCCAACAGCCUCCCCAUCAAUGACCCCCUGCAGACAGUCUACCAGCUCAUGUCUGGGCGCAUGCCUGCUGCGUCCACGUGUUGUGGAGAUGAAAAAUGGGGAGACUGGAGGCCACACCUCGCCAUGGUUCUGUCCAACUUGAGCAACAACGUGGACGUGGAAUCCAGGACCAUGGCCACGAUGGGUGAUACCCUAGCCUCCAAAGGUCUCCUGGAUGCUGCACACUUCUGCUACCUCAUGGCCCAGGUUGGAUUUGGGGUGUACACAAAGAAAACCACCAAGCUCGUCUUGAUUGGGUCAAAUCACAGCUUGCCAUUUUUGAAGUUUGCCACCAAUGAAGCUAUUCAAAGGACAGAAGCCUACGAGUAUGCCCAGUCCCUCGGAUCCCAUACCUGCUCCUUACCUAACUUCCAGGUGUUCAAAUUCAUCUACUCCUGCCGCCUGGCCGAGAUGGGGCUUGCCACCCAGGCCUUCCACUACUGCGAAGUGGUCGCCAAGAGCAUCCUGGCACGGCCCAGCCUCUACUCGCCUGUGCUGCUCAGCCAGCUGGUCCAGGUGGCUUCCCAGCUGCGCCUGUUUGACCCUCAGCUGAAGGAGAAGCCGGAGGAGGAGUCCUUCCUGGAGCCUGCCUGGCUGGUCCAGCUGCAGCUGGUGCACAGGCAGGUCCAGGAGGGCACUGUGCCCUGUGGCCAGGAUGCAGCUGAACCCCAGCGCUGUCCCAGCACACCAGGCUCUGAGGUGGAGCAGUUGGAUGGCCCAGGACUCAGCCGGCUGGUGGGGCUGGGAACUGAGCCCUCCCUGCUCCCUGGCCCAGAAUGCCUGAGUCCAGUUGGGCAGCUGCCACCCUCAGCUCUGCAGAGUCUCCCUGCUGGCCAGCCGCCCCACCCUGCCAGGGUGCCGAUGUACCCAGUGCCACUGCCCUUGGACCCCCAGGAGCCAGGCCCCGGCUAUGGACCCCCAGGGUCUGCACUCAGCUUCCCAGAAUCCCCCAGGCCUGAACCUGUGGCUCUGUACCCUGGGCCAGGCCUGCCACUUGGCACCCCGUCUCUGCAGGACAGUGGCCCCCUGCUGCAGGCCUGGAGCCCGGACCCAGGGAUGGCACCGCAGGAGUCGCCUGUACGAAACCCACUGCCCGAGCCAAGUGAAGAGGAUUUUGGCGGAAAUUUUGCUAAUCUGGGCUCCCCGAGGACGGCACAGGACCUGGAGACACCCCCAGCCUGGGAUGGCGCUGGUUCAGGAUCACCACAGCCUGCCCCACCUCCAACACCUGCACCUGAAGCCAAGAAAGCAGCGCCAGCAGCCAGGAAAGAGACCAGAGAACCCAAGAAGAGCGAGUCCUGGUUCUCUCGCUGGCUCCCUGGGAAGAAGAGAACUGAAGCUUACCUGCCAGAUGACAAGAAUAAAUCGAUUGUCUGGGAUGAAAAGAAAAACCAGUGGGUGAACUUGAAUGAGCCAGAAGAGGAGAAGAAGGUUCCACCCCCGCCUCCCACCGCCUUCCCCAGGGCCCCACAGGGGGCUCCCCCUGGGCCUAGUGGUCCUCCUGCAGCCUCUGUGAAUGUGUUUUCCAGGAAAGCAGGUGGAUCCAGAGCGCGAUACGUGGAUGUCCUGAACCCGGGCGGGACCCAGCGAAGUGAGCCAGCUCUUGCUCCUGCAACAUUUUUCGCUCCACUCGCCCCGCUCCCAGUCCCUCCUAAUGUGUUCGUACCCAGCCCAGAUGCAGAGGAGCCUCAGCUUGCAGGUGGAGCUGGCAGUGGGGGGCAGGUGCCCACUGGGGCUCAGGCUGAUCUGGAGCCCGUGGAGGACCCUAAGCUGUCGCGCUGGAGCUCGGGGAGCUCGCUGUCCUGGGAAGUGGGCCAGCACUUCCAACAGGCUCACAGUGACCACCGUGCCGCAGGCCCUAGCAGUGGGGCUGUGCCCCUUUACAGCCCCGCCCAGGUUGCCCAGGCCUCCACCACUUCAGGGAGCUUGCGGCCUGGGAGGAUUGGCCAGCGGAGAUACCCAACACUGAACUAGACCCGUCUGUCAUCUGGCCUUGCGGUUGGGCCCCUGCAAUGACUGUUCUCUGCCAAGAGCUGGACAGGCCACCCAGGGCCUUGUGGUCCCCGAGCGGACACAGCAGUAACUCAGCUGGUCAUGCUGCGCGUCUCCCUCCUCCUGCCUAUCUAUAUUCAUUAUUGCCAAAUUAAUUCCACGAUCCUUUUAGGAUGCUGGGUACAUGAAUCUGACCUGAACUCUUUCACGGAGAGGAUGGCUCUCCUUCCUCAGUUGCUUAGGAUGAUGUAGGGACACAGUACUUGGCAGUCACCUGGGAGCAUCAGUGAAGGGAAGCCAGGGCCUGGUGCAGUCCCACACUUCUGUCAGGAUCACAAGAGGAAGGAGUGGAUGCUCGGCUCAGCGGGGCAGGCCCCGAUCUGCUGUGGCCUGGCUGUUGCGCUCCCAUGGUCGGCGGUGGUGGCAGCAGGGGAGAGGCCCUGGUCACCGUGGGCCUGUCUCUCUGGGAAUGAAGAUGUGCAGCCUGACUAGGACCUGGGUGACUCCGUAUGGCAUGGCGCUGUCGCCUGGAGAGCUGUGCUCGAGCAGCUGGUCUGGGUUCCGUCUACGGAUGCCUUCCUUGGAGAUGCCAGUGAGGCCAGGGCUCAGAGGAGGGGGCACGGAGAGGCCUCCCCCUAAAUGCCCAUACCAGACCAGGGCCACAGCACUGCAGAGCUUCAAGGUCCUCUGACUUCUUAAAACUUCUUACUGACCUAUGGGGACUGAGGCUAUGGGAAGAGUCAGAUAUUCAUGAAAUCAAUAGGUAAUAGUGUGGUAGGUCCUGCUGGAGGAACACAAAUGGUUGGUUUGGUAUUUUAAGUAGAGAAACUGUAGAAUGUGGAAUUAGCAUAGCCCUCCCCAGUUUCCUGGUUCACCUCAUCCUCCAGGUGAGACCCCAGAGCAGUUUCCAGAAUGUUCUGAGACGAGGCUGCCUGGACCCCUGGCCCAUCACUGGGCAGCGUCCGGGGGUGGGGUGGGCAGCCCGGGUGACCCCCGCCCAGACUGGCCGGCUUCCUGCUGUCCAGCCCUGCCCAGGCUCCACGUCAACUGCCAGCCACCUUUGAUCUAAGCAGCUUCCUCGGAGGCGGGAGCUGCUAUUUUUCCUAAAUGCAAAUUGUUAAAUAAAAUAUUUUGGGCUCUCAAGCACC